AUGCGGUCGGGCCUGCAGAAACCCGGCACAGUUCCGUUCCUCGCCCUGGUUAUUUUCUGCCUGCUCACUCUGGUGCCGACACUCGCGAAGGAAUGGGGCCUUUACAGCGCACACCUCGCGUACCUGGGGCUUCCCCGCUAUGAUUGGCGAUCAUCUACAGAUUCUUCCUCCCGCGUCAAGAAUGCUUCUGUCGAUACUCAUACCCGAUCGCGAAUACUUGUGAGCAGUAACAGCUGCAAAUCGUGGCUAUUUGGCGACUUUUAUUCCUCGUGCACUGAUCGCAAUGCACAACCGCAUCACUCCGCUAUAAAUGUUCCUCCGCGAAGCUCCUUCGAGUUCGGCGCGGAGCUAGGAAACGACCCAAUAACAUACUCUGCAACGAAAGAGACAUCGAGUAUAACGCGGGGCGUGACUGCAUUUAAGGAAUUUAUGUUCCAACGGUGGGAUGAUCAACAAAUGACACAGCCUUUUCCGCCUCGGCAAGAAUCCGCUGAGGAGAUGUCUACUGCAUCUACGCAUCCUACGCGGACUCUCGGCAACAUUUCUAUGACACCGGCAUCAUCCAGUGGCCAGCAGCGCCAACCUACGCCGGCGAACGAGCUCGAUACAUCACCACCAGUGGAGUACCCCACUGAAGGUUUUUUGUUAUCUCGACUACCUUUGUUUAUACAUGAAACAUGGCAGCAGGUCUGCCAUGCUGGAGGACACUACUUUGAGAGUUUGACAACCCGUUCUCCAUCGCACAACUAUAACCAACCUUUAAUGCCCAACAAUCCCGCACCUGUACCUUCUAAGGACAAACAAGAACAUUUAGAGCACCUAUACCCCGCAAAACAACCCCAACCGGAGCGCACUUCAGGAGAAGAAUUGCCGCUGAGAAAUGGCAGCUCAGUACAGCCAGAUCCAUCCGCGGGGGUAAAAGAGUCACAACCAACCCCUGCAUUGAUGACUGCUGGUCAGUCCAAGUAUAUCGGGUUUAGACGAGAUUCAGAGCACAUGCGCGGCAGCUCAAUGGCUAUCGCAACCUUGCCUGUCAUCACGAUGGAGGAUAGCCACUUCCGACACAGCGCCUCGCAUCAUCCCCAUCCCUUCCAAACUAGCGCCCACGGCCACGCCCGCGAUCACUCGCUCACCGAGGGCACUACCACCGCGCUUGAGGACCAAGCUUCCCAACACAACAGCGGCUUCGACGAAGAGGGUCAACCGCCCCGAUACACAGAAGAAAACGAUCCCUUCCAGCUAGCGUCGAAACUCAAAUCAGAUGAGGAAAUCCAGGCACUGCACCCGCUGGCCAACACAUCGCGGAAACGCCAUGGACAUGGACACGGACACGGCCAUAGUUCAACGACAAGCCCACCACAGCCAGUACGCUCGUCAUCGGCCCUUUCGACAGUACCGACGUUGAAGACGUUGAAGAAUGCCUCUGCGCGCAGAGAACUGCGGGAUUUCUACCAGACGCAGAACGAGAAUAUCGAGCGGAUGUUGAAGCCCGUUGAAGACCACAGACGGGACGCGCGAGAGCUAAACACCAACAACCAGCUGAAAUACAAGAUCGCGAUAUACGGCAGUUUCGUGGCGAAUAUUCUACUUUCGAUCUUGCAGCUUUACGGAGCUAUUGCGUCCCAGUCGCUGUCGCUGUUCACGACGAUGGCGGAUUCGGUGUUUGACCCGUUGUCGAAUCUGACGUUGUUGCUGUGCAAUAAGACCGUGAACAGGGUCGACCCGCGCAAGUUUCCUGCUGGGAAGGCGCGGAUUGAGACGGCGGGGAAUAUUACGUUCUGCUUUUUGAUGACGGCUGUUUCGAUCUUGCUGAUUGCGUUCUCGAUCAGGGAUUUGGCUGGCGGGUCGGAUAGUGAGACGGGGGAUUUCCAUCUCCCGUCCGUUAUUGCGGUUGUUGUGGCGUUUUGUACCAAGUUUGCGCUCUUUGUUUAUUGCUUUGCGCUGAGGAAUCAGGUUUCCCAGAUUCGCAUUCUUUGGGAGGAUCAUCGCAAUGACCUGUUAAUCAAUGGCUUUGGUAUUCUUACUUCUGUUGGUGGGAGUAAGCUGAGGUGGUGGAUUGACCCGAUGGGUGCUAUUAUUCUCUCGGUCCUUAUCAGCUGCCUUUGGCUUCAUACUGCCUAUCAUGAGUUUCAGCUGCUCAUUGGUGUUACUGCUGACACGAAGAUGCAGCAGUUGAUCACUUAUAUCUCUAUGACCCAUUCCCCUCUCAUCACAGCCAUCGACACUGUCCGGGCUUACACCUCUGGUCCGCGUCUCGUUGUCGAGGUCGACAUCGUCAUGGACCCGUCUGACUCGCUGCGCGCUACGCAUGAUGUUGCUGAAGAGCUACAGACGAAACUCGAGUCUCUUCCUAAUGUUGAACGUGCCUAUGUUCAUGUUGACUAUGAGACUACGCAUAAGCCGGAGCAUUUCUUGAAGAAAGAACUCUAA